UGCCCAACAUCCGGCCAGGCUCCGACCCGGACCUCAACCUCGUCGAGGGACACUACAAGUUUGGCAGCUCGACCUCGCCCAACACCAGCGAGGCGCCGCACGACCCCUUCCGGUCUCCCACGGUGGCCACUACUGCCUCGCCAACAGAGGCAUUCCCCUUCAGAUCACCCGAGCAGCGACGAGAGAAGCUGUCGCUCGAUGUCUCGCGGUGGAAGUUGACCUCGGCCUCUCCCGAACAAACGUCACUGCCGCUGGUGUCCCCGACGGCGAUGGAGCAAUCCCCGACUCACGGCGGGAACCUGUGGAAGCUGCUCGGGGUCCAUGCCGGAGAGAGCGGCGAUCCCAGUGGCAUCGGCGGCAUUCUGGAUUCGCCGACCAAGGCCCUGGCGUUCUUCUCCGAGAGGUGAGAGCGAUACUCUGAAUCGGGCAGGCGCGGUCGCCAAAACACCACCAAGGCCCCGCCCGUUCGCCGUUAGGAAGUCUUUGCUCGCCGUCUCGAUCGUCGCUGUUGGUCGCCAAAGUGGCUACCAUAUCGCCCCAUCCUAUCCAUGCCUCGGUCCUCUCGCUUUGUCUGUCUGUCUGUCUGUCUAUCUCUUUCUAUCUGUCUGUUUCCCUAUCGGUCUGUCUGUUUCUCUAUCGGUCUGUAUUUCCUCCAUCGGUAUGUGUGCUUUCUCCCUACUCUCAAUGUCUGCUGCAUCUUGAUGGCAGUAUCUCGAGCCGCGCAGGUGUAUCAAUAAAAAAAUGAAUGGCAGCUUGUUCAGAACGAGCCGAGGCAGCAUUGUCCCAUUUGACUCGACAGCGCACCUCACCUCAUCACCGUCUGCCUGCGCGCCUGGUGACUCAUCGCGACACCUCGGGGAGAUUUGUGCGGUUACGGGACUGCCUGAAAAAGCAGAGGCUGCCGAUGCGACGAUGCAUGCCAAACCUCCAUGCCUGCCAAACCUCCUUGCCUGCAUGCGGGAUCCGGGAGUGCGGUGGAUAGCCACGGUGACCGAUAGACGAGCGCUCCUCCCCACACAUGGGCAUCACAGCCAGACGCAGGCACGUCGACGACGGAUCGUCACCCUUAUCUGGUUCGAGCCGCCACUCGAACCGGCCGCCGCCGCUUUUUUUCGCCC